UUCCCAAGAAAGAUCUGGGCUUUCAAGUUUCAACCAUUGACAUUUGAGUCAAUUGACAAGGUAGGUAGGUCUCCACAAAACUUGACCAACUAGGGGGACAUGACAUCCAUCUAUUCUUCAGAGUUCAGAAUUCACAUUUCACAGCAUAGUCCAAUAUCAUUCAAUACUAUAAACCAAGAAAGCACCCAAAUAAACAAGAUGCUGCGCAAAUCAUUAUCAUCGAAUCUCUUAGAUUCCUUGAUAAAAAGCCUGAAAAUCCAAAACCCAGUUCUAAAAUCGGCUACAAAAAGCUUCAGCAGUUCAAUUUACGACUGGGAUUCGAGCUCUGCUGCAAAGGAGAAGGUGGAUUGCGUUGUAAUUGGAGCUGGAAUUGUAGGGAUUGCAAUCGCAAGAGAAUUAGCUUUCAAAGGCAGAGAAGUUUUGGUGCUUGAUUCUGGUCCCACAUUCGGCACUGUCACCAGUUCUCGCAACAGUGAAGUCAUACAUGCUGGCAUUUACUACCCUCAUAAUUCUCUCAAGGCAAGAUUUUGUGUCAAAGGAAGAGAUAUGAUCUACAAGUAUUGUUCAGAGCAUGAUGUCCCUCACAAGCAGAUAGGUAAGCUUAUCGUUGCUACACGGGCAUCAGAGAUUCCAAAAUUGAAUGAGCUGUUGGUCCGUGGAACUGAAAAUGGGGUUCAUGGUCUGAAAUUGAUGGAGGCAUCUGAAGCUAUGGAUAUGGAACCAGAACUGCAAUGUGCGAAAGCCUUGUUUUCACCACUUUCAGGGAUCGUUGAUACCCAUUCUCUGAUGCUCUCUUUACUGGGAGAAGCUGAAAAUUAUGGAGCAAUAUUUUCUUACAACACGACUGUCCUUGGGGGCAACAUAAAAGGAAACCAGAUUGAACUUUUUGUGACGGGAAGCCAGAAUCUGGACAACUGGAAUGAAGGGGAUACUUUGCAACCUGAACUUAGGCUUCUUCCUGAGGUUGUAGUCAAUUCAGCUGGCUUGGCCGCUGUGCCCCUUGCUAGGAGACUAAUGGGCCUUGAUAAUUCUUACAUUCCCGCUGCCUAUUAUGCUCGUGGUCACUACUUUUCUCUGUCAAAAACUAAAGGUCCCCCUUUUAGGCAUCUGAUAUAUCCAAUUCCAGAAGAUGGUGGACUGGGAGUUCAUGUAACAGUAGACUUAGAUGGCCAGGUGAAAUUUGGGCCUGAUGUUGAAUGGAUUGGUGAUGUGGCUGAUAUCGCAAGCUUCUCAAAUAGGUUUGAUUACUCUGUAUGUCCUGAUCACAGUAAAAGAUUUUAUCCAGAGAUAAGGAAGUACUAUCCUCAACUGAAGGAAGGAUCACUAGACCCGGCUUAUGCAGGGAUACGGCCAAAAAUCUCUGGUCCAGGGAUGUCCCCAUCCGACUUUGUUGUUCAGGGGCAAGAUGUUCAUGGAAUACCUGGACUUGUGAACCUCUUCGGCAUUGAAUCACCUGGCGUGACUGCAAGCAUGGCCAUCGCGGAGCAUGUGACAUCGAGGGUCCUCCUAUCUGAUGUAAACUAAUGUACACAAAGAUUCAGGAUUCCAUCUUCAGCUUGCUUUGGUCAAUAUACAUCGAGUCCAAUUCACAGGUGGCAUCUCUGAAACUACAUAACCAUUUUAUACAAUACACAAGACGCGAACUGGUUUUAGGCGUAAAGGAGUCCGUUCUUUUUGUUAUGCCAUGCACGAUAUCAUCCUCUCGAGUCCGUUCACUCUCCAGAUUAUUAUUUGCAAAGGAAAUUGAAGGAUAAUCAUAGUUCUUGAGAUCCAUCAUCAGUUUAAAGAACAUGACUUUUGUGAAUUAUGUACUUGCAGACAGGGGAGGAUCACGGGGCCCGACCUUUAAUGCUUAUUUAAAGUAUUAAUUAUACAAGUUAAAACGUACUUCGUACUUAUAAAAUGUUACAUAUUGCAUUCAACGAGUGAUUGACUUUUCAAACCUUAGCCUCUCUUACCUUUUUAGUCAAGAUUCGCCACUGCUAGUUGCACGCAGGCAAAAUCUGUAAAAGAUUCAUUAUAUGCUCAUUCUGUUAUGAUUGUAGUGUAGUACAUUAGAUUCUCUCUCA